CCAAAUAAAUUAUUCAUUAAUUCAUAUACUGCCCAUUUUAUUAGUUAUUUGCUCCGGUAUCAAACAUGGCAAAACUGUUACUCAACGUGAUUGUCGAACGUUAAUAUGUUAUUGGAAUUCCCAUAUCCAAUUUAUCAAAUCGUACAUUCAAUGGGCAACCCUUUGUUAAACGGUGGGAAACAUGUACCGGAUGUUACAUGAAUAAUUUACACUCACUUGAACAAAAUAAACACACGCAGGGUACACAAACUGUCCCAAUCCCUGAUUUAAAUGGAGGUCAGGCAACGAGCGACAACAUUUUCUAGUAAAUAUCCACAAAUACUGAAGCGCACCAAAUUGUUUAUGAGAGAAAUAAACAUGAAAUUGUUCAAAUUUUGGGCAAAACAAUUCUGUCUGAACACCGGCCUACACGGUUACAAAUUCAUAGUUUUGCCGAAAAGAAUCCUUUUGGAAAGGGUUUUUUGGAUUAUUGUUGUUUUCGCUAGCUUUGUAACUGCUGUGGUACUCUUACUACUAUCAAAAAGUUCUUUUGAAGAAAACCCUACCACCUUAGUCACUGAUACCAUUCAUCAUCCUAUAUGGAAUUACCCUUUUCCCGCAGUAACACUCUGCAGCUUCAAUAAAAUUUCCAGAAAGAGGGCAUUAGAACAGGCGCAACUGCUACCGAACAAACUUAAUCAUACCUCUUCGGAAAUUGCAAAUCUAUUCGUUCUAUUGAGCCUUCUUUAUUUCAACAAUGAAAUCGAUAGUGGGGAUAAUGGUAAACUUAUCCAGCUUAUCGAAGUACUGGAUAGCAAUAAGGUAAAUUUGUCGAAUUUGUUGAGGGCGAUAUCACCAUCUUGUAAGGAUAUCCUGAUCAAGUGUAAGUGGAAAGAAGAAGAACGGCGUUGUGAUACUAUAUUUGAGAAGAUUAUCACAUCUGAAGGACAUUGUUGUGCCUUCAAUUACUUUGCUCCAAAGGGCCAUGUUUUUAAAGGUUCAUAUCCCGCUAAAGCUCCGAAGAAACCGCGACAUGUAUCGGCAUGUGGAUUUCAAACUUCCUUCGAAGCCAUUGUAGACAUAGAUGCAGAUGACUACUUUGCAACUGAAUCACUUGCUUAUGGAAUAAAGGUGUUGAUUCAUUCAUCAUACAACUAUCCAGAUUGGAGCUUGCAGUCAUAUCUGGUUGGCAUGAAACUUAUGGCUUUCAUUGGUAUAAAUCCAACAUUAACUCACGCUAUGCCUGACAUAAAGGCAUUGAGUGCCCAGCAGAGACAAUGUUAUUUCAGAGAUGAAUUUCCACUGAAAAAUUUCAAAUAUUAUUCAUAUCAAAACUGCUUGACUGAAUGCAGAAUGAACCUUAUCCUGAAGCUUUGUGGCUGUCUACCAGUGAUCUAUAUCAAUGAAAAUGGUCAUCACCAACUUCCCAGACUCUGUUCAGUAACCGAUUUAGAUUGUCUCCAAAAAAACAAAGCUCUUGUCAAAAGUUCCAUGCCUGGAGAAAAAUUGAAGGCUAACAACCAAACCCUUGAUUACAACUGGAAAAUGCAAAACUACCCCUGCAAUUGCUUACCUGACUGCGAGUUUGUAGACUAUGUCUUUGAAGCUUCCCAAGGAGUGUUAAGUAGGAAAUAUUCAAAUAAUAAUCAAAGAAAUUUGUAUGGGGCCUUACAGCUUAUCAACCAUAGUGUCAUCAGGAUAUACUUCAACGAUCUGGUUGGGACCCGAAAUAGAAGAAAUGUUUCCCAUAGUUGGCAAACCUAUUUGGCCUUCUAUGGGGGAAUUCUUGGACUUUUCGUGGGGUUUAGCUUUAUUUCAGUAAUCGAAUUUGUCUACUUUUUUGCAUUCAAGCUGCUAUCAGAUGCAAUAAAAAAAAUUAAACCAGAAAAGAACAACAUGAAGGAAAGUGUAAAAAUAUCAGCUGCUUUUGAGAACCCUCUCAGAUCAAGGCAUUCCAGAAAUUGGGAGUUUAUACAACAAAGAGAUGAAUCUCCCCAAUGGUUUUUGCAUUGAAAUAUCUGCAUAUUUUCAACUGUGUGGUUC